ACGGAGUGCGAGCCAUGAAGGGAAGCGGGCGCGUGCGGAUCAACGUCGGAGGAAGGGUGUUCGAGACAACGGCCUCCACGCUGGCCAGCGCCGGGCGGGACACCAUGCUCGGCGCCAUGCUCGACGCCUCCUGGAACCGCGGCGGCGAGGGAGGGGGGGAGGGGGGCGUGGAGGAGUACUUCAUCGACCGUGACCCGGAGUGCUUCGCGGUGCUGCUCGACCUGCUCCGCACGGGGGCGCUCCACGUGCCGCCCCACGUCGACGACGGGGUGCUCUGCCGCGAGGCGCUCUACUACGGCGUCCUCGACCGCGUCCGCGCCGCGCGCUGGGGCCCGUUCGACGGGGACCGGCUGCGGCUGGCGGCGUCCGUGGCCGGGAGCGCCGCGGGCGACGGGACGGCCGUCCGCGCCGCGCCCGACGGCGGGUGCUGCGUCGCGCACGGAGGCGCCGUUCGCGUGUACAACUGGGUGAUGGAGGAGCGCCGGCCGGUGUACCUCGACCACGCGCCGGUCAACGACGCGGCGUACCUCGACGAGGCCACGCUCCUCGUCGCCGCGCGGGAGCGCCCCGGAAGGCGCGACGGCGGUGUGGCGGCCUUCUCCGCGCUCACCGGGGACCUGCGCCACCGUUUCCGCGUCGCGCACGAUCGCCAGGCCAGGUCCUUCACCCCCGGGGCGCUCGCCUUCGACCAGAGGUGCAAGAUCUUCGCGAGCUGCAAGGGCCGGUUCAACGAGUACGGCAUCGGCGUCUGGGACUGCAUCACCGGCGAGCAGGCCGACUUCUUCUACGAGCCGCCGGGCUGCGCGCUGGGCGACGCCGACAAGCUUCAGUGGCUCGACGGCACGAACACGCUCAUGGUGGCAACGAUGUUCCCACGGACGGACUCCUCCUUCAUCAGCCUGCUGGACUUCCGGGACAGGAACGUCGCCUGGUCCUGGUCCGACGUCGGCACGCCGGCGUCGCUCGAGGACAAGCACGUGCUCCACGCCAUCGCGAUGGAGGACGGGCGGUCGCUCUGCGUGAUCAACCAGUACGACGACCUCGGGUUCCUCGACAUCCGGAGCAACGCCGCCGGCGUGCGGUGGAGGUCGCGGAGCAAGCUCACCACCAGGAAGAAGAAGGCGCCGCACGGCGAGGAGACGUGCUACCCGAAGCUCGCCGCGCACGGCGGCCAGAUCUUCGCCUCGACGAACGACACCAUCUCGGUGUUCAGUGGCCCCGACCACGUGCUGACGUCGACGCUGCGCGGCAGCGACGCCGGCGCCAUCUGCGACUUCUCGAUCGGGGGCGACCGCCUCUUCGCCCUGCACGACGAGGAGAAUGUGGUCGACGUCUGGGAGACGUCGCCGCCGCCGGUCAUCUGACCAUCAUUUGGAUUGGUCACUGUAACAAGAGCGGAAUGAGAAUGAUCACUGAAAACUGACAGGGAAAUUGGAAGAGUAAACACGUCGUAACUUUGUCGUCAGUUCAUCACUGUUAGAAGUAGAAAAGUUUAAGACUUUUUAAGUGUCACCAAAGUAAGCUUGAUGUAUCCAGAUGGCAAAAAUGGAGCCACCACGUACAGCAUAGAAAUUACUCAUUAGUUAGAGAAAAAGAUAUAUAUCCACUGUUUGAUCUUUUCAGAUUAUAACGGUGUAGUUUAUCAUUAUACUUGUAAACAAAAUGACAUAAUGUUUAUAUGGAGAUAGAAGGAA